UGUUGGGCGUCGAGGAGAAGUUCGGUUGACAAACCGUAACCAGCAGAAGGUGACGAGUUUAAAAAAUUGGAUUAUUUCAUCGUGUGCUUGGACUUUAUCGUCGUGAGAAGGCUCACAGGGCUCCUUAUACGGGCGGGACCGUGUUUAGAUUUCCGUCACUUUUAAAAGUCUCCCUCUCCUGUUUCGUUUGAGGACUCGUAGGUCGUUGGACUCCCGAUGCUGGGCGACGGAGAGCCGCAGCAUGUUGCUACAGAGUUAAAGAAACCACAAGUUAACACGAGACGGGAAGAGGCUGUGCUAGCUGGCUACAUAUGCUAUGUAUGAAUGUGUAACUGGAGCUGACAGAGAUCCAUCAGCCCCUGUAUAUAUUUUUUUUUAUUUUUUAUGUAUUUUUCAAGCAUAGCUGAAUGUGUUAUUUUAAGUGCAAGUUCAUCAGAAAACACAGGUCUCGCCCUUGUGCAAAUGGAAGAUUACUUUAAUUUAAUAAGCGAUUAUUGAUAUUCAGACUUAAGUGGAUGAGUGGACACGCACUUGUGUUUUUAAUGAUCCUGGGUUGCAAGCUAGAGUGUCGGAGAGACGCGCAUGAAGUUGUUGGGAAACUUUAAUCAGGUCAUUGUGGUGGUGGUGAUUGCUGACACUGAGUGUUCUGAGGUUUGAACUCCUACAAUGCGAUGGUGGUGUGCUGCUCAUCAUAAGUCUCACACACAUACCGGAUGGAUUUCCCUAUUGCACCCUGAGCCUGCUCUCACACUGUGGAUUAACUCUUAUCGGCUUCCUAUUUCCUUUAUAUUUUGAUCCACAGGUUUACAGCCGAUGCCGAGUUUGGCAUUGAGACAGUAAUAGUUUUUAGUCGUUUUUGCCAUUUUAUCUAAGACAUAAUGAAAAGUUUGUGAAGCGACACUUUGGAGCAUCCCUAAUUUAUAGGGGCCGGUCAGUUGUCGAGCAUACCCAUGUUGUCUUGCUUGUAUGCCCACAGACUGCCUACACAAGUUUAGCACUAGUUUCGUUUAGAGAAAAAAAAGAAAUAAAAAGGAAAGAGACUUGAACCAGGAAGCCGGCGAAAAUGGCCGGAGAGUGCACGUACAGCGCGCGCGACGCUGCUGAUGACACUUUGUGUCCCAGGGAACGACAGGAGCAUUACCCUGGCUAUCUUAGUGGCGCCUCCUCUUCCUCAUCCGCCUCUUCGUCGCCCUUCUUCGAGACCAUCGGCGGUUUUCUGUACCGUAAAAAGUUGGAGAACGGCUUUGUCCAGUACCGCGAGGUGCUGGACGAAGACAAGCGGCUCCACUCCAUCCAGGCUUUCCACGCGGGGACGCCCGGGCGCCCUCACCACACCCUGGAGGACACGUACCGGCUAGUGGCAGAACACUACUGGUGGGAAGGAAUGUACCUUCAGGUCAGAGACUUUGUUCUAGGCUGUGAGGAAUGUCAUCUAAGGCAGGCUAAAAAAGCAGAGUACUCAAACAUGAACAUGUCUAAGAUAGUCAAAUCACAUAGUCAUGAAGUUCUGAGCAAGCUGAAUAACCAACGAGCGACUGGACUGUUCUGUGACAUCACACUGAAAACUGGUAGUGGCCACUUGUUUGUUGCCCACAAGGCAGUGUUAGCAGCUGUGAGCGAGUAUUUCCAAGAACUCUUUACUGAAAUGGACUCUGCCACUGAACCACAGCCACAUGUUGACCUCACGGGUUUCAGUGAGGAGAGCUUGCUUGCUUUGCUUGAGUUUUCCUAUACAUCCACCCUGACUCUGAACUUGGGCACCUUGACUGAGGUAGCAGCAAUGGCUCGCCACCUCCGCAUGUGGCCUGCUCUGGAGGCCUGUUCUGCUCUACAAAGUGAGCAAGAGGCUGGCCAGCAAUCCUUCAAACUGCUAAAUCCCAUAGGAAUGCCCUCUGUAAUGCCUGGGAUUUCCUCUAUGAACACCUUGAGAAACCAAAGCUCCCCCUCCGGAAGGACAGCAGGGUUUAAAAGAAAAAGGGAGAAGGAACAAGGUGGAGCCUCAGGGCCUUCGCAGUACAGCACAUUACAGAGCAUAGUACACAUAGUAGAGGGGACUGAUGAAUCUGACAGAGAAGGCAAUGAUCAAACGUUACCUGCCCAGUGCCAAAGCCAGGCCCUUUCCAAUUUCCAGACAGAGGAUAAUGGCUUUCCCUGCAGCCCAACUCGCAGGAUGAAACUCAUGGACUUCAAAUCUCCAUCCAGUAAGAGGAAAUUGUCCCCUCGCCCCUUAUCAUCGGUCAUCCCAACAUCUCCCUCUACUUCAACUCGAUCCACAUCUCCAUCCCGCCGGCUGCUCCGCUCCACACCAGGAGCUGCACUAGCCCUGCGCAGGCUCCUGCCCAAAAUUGACCUCUCUUCCAAGAGGAAGAGGAAGUCCUCCUCAUAUCAAAGGAUAUACAGGGUAAAGAGUGAUUUCUCCUCGGAAGCGUCUCGAUCUCUGCCAAGUUCAGUAAUCCCAGUGAAGGUGAAGCAGGAGGCAGAGGAGGAAGAAGUGUGCAGUGCAAUCCCACAAGAUGAAGUGCACAGUCCUCGUGCUCAGGAGAAAUAUCGACUACUUAGUUUUCUUGGCUUACAGAGGAAGUCUCUUGUGCCUGGCCCAGAAGAGCUCUCAGGCUGGGGGCAAAAAAAGAGACUUAGGAAGUCGAAAGUGAGUGACUAUUCUCUAACUGCCCGACGCAAACCCCGUGCACAAAGUCUAGGGGGAAUUACCUCUGGCCUGGGAGGUUUAAUGGGAGUUAACUCCUCAAUGUCCCUCUGUGACAUGACCAGAAUGGAUCUUCUGAAGAAAGUGAUGAAAGCAGAACCUCAUGUCACCAUGGACAAGAAAUUCAAAAGAAAAAACACCACAGCUGGUCAAAUGGAGCAUUUAAGUGUUAGGACCACACGCAGUCAAUCAAUGAAGAUAGACUCAAUGGGGACUUAUAAUGAUCGUCCAUUAAGAAACCGUUCUAGUAGCCCAAACAAACCGUUACCUCGACCUGUAGGCAGAGAAAGGGUCAAAGUGCAAGGACCCCACACCCAUCCAAAGAAAAUUACAACAAGGGCAAAACAGGAACCCCAAGAGUACGCCAUCUCACAGACAGCCCCCUCCCGCAGUGGUACACGGCGCAGUAAGGGACCCACAGAAGCUCCUUGUACAGUCAGAGUAUCAGCCCCUAAGGGUGGUCCCCCAGUAGAUCGCUCACUUAGAAUCACUACCACAGAAUCAAAGCGUAUGUUGCGCUACAACACUGGACGUUCCACUACAGACAAGCGCAAAGGUCAAAACAAGUCAGUGCACGAAAAGACCAAACAGACAAGAGAAGUGUGUAAAGCAAGCAGUGUCAGAGAAAACAAAAAGAACAUGGCACCAAGAAAGAGAACAGAAGACAAUGUGACAGAUCUUAAGGGUACACAGGGUUGGGAUUUUUCCAAUACCAACCACCAGCACUAUAACAAUCCUCUGUAUAAGGUUAUAAAAGAAGAGCCAGCAGAUCCUCUACCCCUGACCCAGCCCUUCGUAAAUAGUGAUGUGUCUGACCUGGGUAAACGGCAGAGCAAACCACCUGUGAAACUCUUAGACCAAGGUUUUCUCUUCGGGCUUUGCCGACCCUCAGGUGGAAUCAAGAGAGAGGAGGAGAGUGUGGACAUCUGCUUGACUCGCUCUGUCUCUCACAGUAGUGCUUCCCAUAGCAACACAUCACCUGGCAUUGUCAGAAGAGAUCGGAUUAGAGCAAGAAUCACGUCAGAGGGAUCUGGGCUAAAUGGACCUCACUGGGCUGGGCUUGGCAACAGGUCAACUUCCUCUUCUCAAAGGGUGCUUGUCCGAGUGAAGAAGGAAGAGGAAAAUAUAGAUGUAUCCCAGCAGUCAAAAGCUAAUAAAAGCUUUAUACCGCUAAAAGACAGCAAAGGGAGCUGUAAGGUUAAAAAAGAGCCACCAAAGACAAAGAAUGUAAACAAGUUGUAUCCUGUGAGCAGUCGGCACAACGUUAUGCUGGAGUCCAUCCGACGUGCACGUUUCAACCAGCAAAAGGGUCCUCGUGGUCAGUCCUCUGGCAAUGCUCAUGUGUGCCUGCAGUGUAGAGCAUCUUACAGAGACUGUGAUGGACUCAUCAUGCACCGAAUCAGGCACAUUGAAGGAAAACACUGGCCAUGUCCUUUGUGCAGUAAGACAUUCUUCAGACAGAAAAAUGUGAGAAACCACAUAAGGACACACAAUCCCAAACUCUACAAAUGCCGUCAAUGCAUUGCUUCCUCUUAAGGUGAAGAACACUGGGACGAAACAGUGAAUUUUUUUUAACUUAAUUUUUGAAAUAUGAAACUGUAAAUACCUGAAUGUGUUACAUGAGAAUGAAGUUCAGUCUAUAGAUGUAAUUAUGGUAAUUAUUCUGUGAUAUUUUUUUUCCCCGUACAAUAAUAGUAAUUGUUAUUUAAAUAACCAAACUAAAGAUGUUUUGCAGUUUAGAUAGUUGGGGAACUUGAACCAUUGAUGUUUCACUCAGGGGAUGGAGCCUGGUGGUAAUGGCAAUAUUUGUAAAUGAGGAUUGUGUAGAAUGCUUUAAGAAGAUUACUACUAUUGUAAUUAUCGCAAUUAUAAUGUUAUUGUUAUUACAGUUAUUUUUAUAAAUAGUAUAAUCUUGAGUGCACUUAAAAUGGUAGCUUUGUUUUGAAACCUAAGAAUACUUGUCAAGUGGUCAGGUGAGAGUUCUGGGAUCUACUUGAAUGGUGGCUGAGGUGGAGCUUUUGAUCUGCUCUUUGUUCCUGGUAAUUAGAGAAUGAUAAAUUAGAAAAAAUAAGACGGAGGAUACCAGCACUGAGUCAUUCUCUGAAUGAAGAGGGGUGGUCAGAGGAAGUAAGAUUUACUGCUAGAUGAAAAUGCCUGUCUUUGCUUAUAUUUGCCAUCUUGAUCUUUGUUGACAGGCAGAUUUCGUAUAUCUCUGUUUUAAAAUAAGGGAAUCCCAACAGGUCUAAAUGUGACUUUUUACAAUGUCGGAUAUGUUUUCCGUAUAUUGCUCUUUUGGAAAUUUGUUUUUAAUGAGGCAAUUGAAUACCUUCUCAGAUUGAGAGUUUUUUUUUUUUUGUUGUUUUGUUUUUUAAGAUCCAAAGCUUCCACAGGAUUUAAUGCAGUGAAGUUGUAUGAAGUUUUAAAUGUAGUGAUUUUAGUCUGAAACCACAGAUGCUUUCAAACUGUAAAAAGAUAACCAAUAUCAAGAUAAAUAAAUUUCGAAUUUUACUCUG